UUGCUUGCUUCUCCUCUUAUCUUUCUCCAUCUACCCUUCUCCAUCUCCAUCUUCGCAAAAUCCUCUGAGUUUCGUCUCGUCUGACGAGUUUCCCUCUUCCUCCUUCCUCCUCAAGUUUCCUCCUCAAGAUCUGAUUUCGUCUCCUCAAGUUUCAUAACUUUCGACUACCUGCAUCAACUAGUUUGAGUACACAUAUGUCCCGUGUCAAAGUGACGACUUUCUAGAUAUCUUGAGCGUUUCCGAAUAUUUUCUGGAUUUGGGUAGUCAUUGAGUUGACGAUCACAAAGAAAUAAAGCGUACCCAUGUGAGAUUUGGUGUUUUUUCUCAUCUGGGUCUGCUUAAUUAGGUCGAUAUCUCGUGGAAUCAGUAAAGUUUGAUGAACUGAUGUUAGUGUUAUGCUGGUCUUUGGAUUGUCUAUUGCAAUGGAUUGAUGGUCUUUGAAGGUGUUUAAAAAUGGAUACAAAGGAAGAUGCCGAAGUGCAAGAUGAGCUGCCUUCAUCACUGAUGUUGGUAUUGCAGAGUAUUUCGAGGGGUUCAAUUAUUGAGGAACAUCAACUGUUAACACAUGCACGGAGCUAGGAAUUGGUAUUUCUAAGUUUUGUGUUGCCCAUGGUGGUGGAAAGAGAUGUGCACUGCCAGGCUGCACAAAGAGUGUACGUGGCCGCACUGAUUGUUGUGUCAAGCAUGGAGGAGGGAAGCGGUGCAAGUUUGAGAAGUGUGGGAAGAGUGCCUAUAGAUUUCUGCAAGUGGGAAGAGUGCCUAUAGUUUAAGGGAGUACAUAUUUCUGCAAGGCCCACGGCGGGGGCAAGCGAUGCACUUGGGGAGAGGGGAAAUGUGAGAAAUUUGCAAGGGGUAAGAGUGGUCUUUGUGCUACUCACAGUAGCAUGGUCCUGGAGCAGGAGAGAAACAUGGGAGGCAUGAUUGCAUCGGGAUUGUUCCAGGGCGUUGUGACUGGUUCUUCAAUGGCAGGGAGCAGCAGUAGGUUUGGAAACAGUAGUUCUUUAUCCAGAGUCAGUGUUGCACCUACCGGGAUUGAGUUGCUGCAAAGGCCGGCAAAAAGAGCACAUCCCAUACCCUUGCAGGUUUUAAGUGGAAGCCGAUCACAGGGGAGACGAUCUGUACUCAAUGGCGUCACAAGGUCCUGUAUUAAUUGACCCUCCCGUCCUGGACGACAUAAUCAGACGGCUGACGGAGGUUCGUUCUGCGAAGCCCGGCAAGCAGGUCCAGCUCUCAGAGACGGAGAUCAAGCAACUCUGUGUUGCUUCUAAAGAUAUCUUUAUUCGACAGCCCAAUCUUCUAGAACUACAAGCCCCCAUCAAGAUUUGCGGUGAUAUCCAUGGACAAUACAGUGAUUUAUUAAGGCUUUUUGAAUAUGGAGGAUUUCCUCCUCAUGCCAAUUAUUUAUUUUUGGGGGACUAUGUGGAUCGUGGAAAGCAGAGCUUAGAAACAAUAUGCCUUUUGCUUGCCUAUAAGAUUAAAUAUCCAGAGAACUUCUUUCUUCUAAGAGGAAAUCAUGAAUGUGCUUCUAUUAACCGGAUAUAUGGAUUUUAUGACGAAUGUAAGCGGCGAUUCAAUGUUAGACUAUGGAAGGCCUUUACAGACUCUUUUAACUGCCUUCCGGUGGCAGCUCUUAUAGAUGACAAAAUAUUGUGCAUGCACGGUGGUCUUUCCCCUGAUCUGACAAACUUGGAUCAGAUUCGAAAUUUAACUCGUCCUACUGCCAUACCGGAGUCUGGCUUGCUUUGCGAUUUGCUUUGGUCAGAUCCUGGUAGAGAUGUUAAAGGAUGGGGAAUGAAUGACAGAGGAGUGUCACACACCUUUGGUCCUGAUAAGGUGGCGGAAUUCUUAGAGAAGCAUGAUUUGGACCUCAUCUGUCGUGCCCAUCAGGUGGUGGAGGAUGGAUAUGAAUUCUUUGCCAACAGGCAGCUUGUUACGAUAUUUUCAGCCCCCAAUUACUGUGGUGAAUUUGAUAACGCUGGUGCAAUGAUGAGUGUAGAUGAAGACUUGCUGUGCUCUUUCCAGAUUCUUAAGCCAGCAGAGAAAAAGGCCAAGUUCAUGAUGUCAAACAAAAUGUGAUGGUAGCUGUAUAACUGCUCUCUCGUCUGAACCAAGAUGUGUUUCCCUCUUCACAUUGGGAGUUGGUGAAACAAAGAUUGCAAGUUUCAUAACUUCCCUCUCUAUUCUUGAAGAUGCAAGUACUAUGCUUUAUGCCAUAAUGAAUCUUGAGUGGGGAGGAGGAAACUCGGGUAUUAGGACAAGUAGUGUGGAGAGCACAGCGCAAAAAUUAUUAUUUGCUGAUGUAACUUUCUGUGUAGCACUUCAUCUGUGACACUGUAAAUAUAUUUCGUUGGGUGAUUAAUGAUUAUAGUCGUGCUUUCCAUUGUGGGCAACAGAAUGGCCCAAAUUGAGACCUCAAAUCUUCCGUAACAGUAGCUAUAACUUUAAUUGAUUGAACUGUUCGUGAGCUGUUUCUCAUU